GUGCUAUUAAUUAGCACGUCCAAAAGUCAUUCAUAAUUUGCUACUACCUACUAGUUGUGACAUGAAAUUUCUAUAGUAUACAAUUCAAAGCUACUUAAGUAUGAAGUCUUGGUAGAUAUAAUUACUCGAUAUAAUCUAUGGUGUCAAACGAUAGCAAGGUAUAUCUGGCGGAGUUAGUUGAAGUACAGAUAAGCUGACCUAAUCAACACCGAGAAAAGAAAACAAAAGGUACAUAAGCACGAGAAGAAUUUAAAAUUCGUCUUAGUACCUACACUGAUUCAAGAUAACCCCAAGAGCCCCUAAAGUUUGUUGGUAAACUUAUUAUUAAAAUGUCAUAAUGAAUAGUAGUUAAAUCUCUCUAUAAAACUAUAAUAACUGUCCAACUAAUCAGACUCAAAGACAUCUUUAGUCAAUAUGAGAAAGAAAACAAGCAAACUCUUUUUCUCAGUCUCUUCUUCUACUUCCUCUUUCUCUUUCUUCUUCCUAUGUUUAGGUAUAUUUUUCUGCAUGGAAAUGGUCAUGGCACAAAACAGAAAAACAACAGCUCCCAUAAAUGUUGGAGUUGUGAUGGACAUGGAUGAAUGGGUUGGGAAAAUGGGUUUAAGCUGUAUUUCCAUGGCUUUAUCUGACUUUUAUAGUUCUGAUCAUGGCUCUGAUUAUAAGACCAGACUGGUUCUCCAUACUCGGGACUCGAAGAGAGACGUUGUUGCUGCUGCUGCAGCAGCACUAGACCUAUUGAAGAAUGUUGAAGUGGAAGCCAUAAUAGGUCCAACAUCAUCAAUGCAAGCUGAUUUCAUAAUUGGUUUAGGAGAGAAAUCUCAAGUACCAAUCAUCUCAUUUUCUGCUACAAGUCCUUCCCUCUCAUCAUUUCGUAGUCCAUACUUCAUUCGUGCCACUCUAAAUGAUUCCUCUCAAGUUCAAACCAUUAGUUCCAUUGUCCAAUCUUUUGGAUGGAGAGAAGUUGUCCCUAUAUAUACUGACAAUCAAUUUGGAGAAGGAAUUAUACCAUUCUUGGCAGAUGCAUUAGAAAAAAUUAAUGCACGUAUCCCUUAUCGAAGUAUUAUUCCUGAAUUCGCCACUGAUGUUCAGAUAAAAUAUGAACUUUCCAAAUUAAUGAGUAUGCAAACUCGGGUUUUCAUUGUGCAUAUGACAACUUCACUUGGUACCCGAAUUUUUACUAAGGCCAAAGAACUUGGAAUGAUGAGUGAAGAGUAUGUUUGGAUUAUUACAGAUGCUAUGGCAAAUGAACUCACUUCUAUGGAUUCUUCAGCUAUUGAAGCCAUGCAAGGUGUUAUAGGAGUGAAGUCCUAUGUCCCCAGAAAUAAAAGGCUUGAAAAUUUUACUACAAGGUGGAAAUUGAAGUUUCAACAAGAAAAUCCAACAAUUCUUAAUGCAGAAUUGAAUGUGUUUGGACUAUGGGCUUAUGAUUCAGCCACUGCACUAGCCAUGGCAGUGGAGAAAUCAAGAACCACUGGAGCACCUUUUCAAAAACCAAACAUCUCAGGAAAUGCAACAGAUCUUGAAGCUUUUGGAGUUUCCAAGGAUGGUCCAAAGCUUCUUCAGGCUAUACUAAACACUACUUUCAAAGGCUUUAGUGGAGACUUCCAAAUUGUUGAAGGGCAAUUGCAGUCACCAGCUUAUCAAAUAAUUAAUGUGAUUGGUAAUGGUGCAAAAGGAAUUGGUUUUUGGACAAGAGAAAAUGGGAUUGUUAAAGAAUUGAAUUUGAGAAAUACAAACAAUGUAUAUUCAAUUUCUAAGGCUAAUUUUGGGUCUAUUAUAUGGCCUGGUGACACUACUUCUGUUCCUAAAGGUUGGGUGAUUCCAACAAAUGGGAAGAAAUUGAAGAUUGGAGUUCCAGUGAAGGAUGGUUUCAGUGAGUUUGUGAAAGUUACAACAGAUUUUACUACUAACACAACAACAGUAACAGCUCCGGGAAAGUUUACUGAAAGUUAUGACGAUCUUAUUUAUCAAGUAUUUCUUGGGACCUUUGAUGCUGUUGCAGGGGACACUACCAUUGUCUCGAAUAGAUCACAAUAUGUUGAUUUCACAUUACCAUACACAGAAUCUGGAGUUACAAUGAUGGUGCCAAUCAAAGACGAUAAUAGCAAUAGUGCAUGGGUAUUCUUGAAGCCAUUGACUUGGGAGCUAUGGUUAACAAGCUUUUGUUCUUUUGUUUUCAUUGGCUUUGUCAUUUGGCUACUUGAACACAGAGUAAAUGAAGACUUCAGAGGACCUCCUAGUCACCAAGUUGGCAUGAUCUUUUGGUUUGCCUUCUCAACUAUGGUCUUUGCACAAAAGGAGAAGAUAGUAAGCAAUUUGGCUAGGUUUGUGUUAGUUAUCUGGUUUCUAGUAGUACUAAUAUUGACGUCAAGCUACACAGCAAGUCUUACGUCAAUGUUAACAGUUGAAAAACUCCAGCCAACUGUUAAAGAUGUAAAAGAACUUCUGAAGAAUAAGGAGUAUGUGGGCUACCUACAGGGUUCUUUCGUACCGGGACUUUUAAGAAAAAUGAACUUUGAUGAGGAUAGGCUUAAGUAUUAUAACACUCCAGAGGAAUGUGUUGAUUUACUCUCUAAAGGUAGUGCAAAUGGCGGUGUUGCUGCUGUUUUUGAUGAGAUUCCUUAUGUGAAGCUUGUCCUUGCAAAUUAUUGCUCGAAGUUUACCACCGUUGGACCUACAUAUAAGGCUGAUGGCUUUGGCUUUGUCUUCCCAAUGGGAUCUCCACUAGUACCUGAUGUUUCAAGGGCAGUUUUAAGUGUGACAGAAAGUGAAAAGAUGGUACAAAUAGAGAAAGCAUGGUUUGGGGAAUCUACUUGUUCAGAUUCUAGCACUUCACUUUCCUCCAAUAGUCUUGGCCUAGAUAGCUUCUGGGGACUCUUUGUCAUAGCUGCAGUUGCUGCAAUUUUGGCUCUCCUCAUCUUUCUGACAAAAUUCAUGCAGGAGUAUUGGCACAUCAUAAAACGAUCUAAUCUUUCAUUCCGUGAAAGAGUCAGAAUCAUGGCUAGAAAGUUCGACAGAAAGGACUAUAGUUGCCAUACUUUCAAGAAGAGUGAACUAAGAGAUACAAUGAGAGAUUCAGCACAUAUGGAUUGUUCACAUAGUCCAAAUGAUAACUUGUCAAUGCUAUCUUCCCCACGAACGAAUGGACCACCAAGUCCAAGCAUUUCUAGUUAUACAGAGCAGAGUUUUCAUUUUCCAGGAGAGGUAGGAACUCCACCUUUACAUGAAGAGAAUGUAGCAGUUAGUACUACUCAGGAGAGUGUCAUUCAGUCGGCGGUUGAUCUAAGUGCAGGACAAUGA